AUGUUCCUGUGACGCGCAGAGAUUUUAAACUAUCGUCCUUCUCAGUGAUGGCGGCUUCGCUUCGUUCUCCUCCUGCAAGCUGUAAUAACAAAUGGUACUACUCCCGGCAGCAGAUCGACAACAGCCCAUCACGUCGAGCUGGACUUGAUCCGGACAAGGAGCUGUCCUACAGACAACAGGCGGCCAACCUGCUGCAGGACAUGGGACAGCGGCUCAACGUGUCCCAACUUACUAUUAAUACAGCCAUUGUGUACAUGCAUCGAUUCUACAUGGUCCAGUCAUUCACCAGAUUUCACAGAAAUGUUAUUUCUCCUGCCGCACUCUUCCUUGCUGCAAAGGUCGAAGAGCAGCCCCGAAAGCUGGAGCACGUUAUCAAGGUGGCCCAUGCAUGCCUCAAUCCUCAGGAUCCUUCACCAGAUGUACGCAGUGAUGCCUACCUGCAACAAGCCCAAGACCUGGUCAUUCUUGAGAGCAUAAUACUCCAGACCUUGGCUUUUGAAAUCACCAUUGACCAUCCACAUACUCAUGUUGUCAAGUGCACUCAGCUUGUCAGAGUUGUUCCAGCGAGUAAGGAUCUGGCUCAAACGUCAUACUUCAUGGCCACUAACAGUCUGCACUUGACCACGUUCUGCCUGCAGUAUAGUCCGCCGGUUGUGGCCUGUGUGUGCAUCCAUCUCGCCUGCAAAUGGUCCAACUGGGAGAUCCCCGUGUCUACAGACGGCAAACACUGGUGGGAAUAUGUUGAUCCCACGGUUACCCUCGAGCUGCUGGAUGAGCUCACUCACGAGUUCCUGCAGAUUCUGGAGAAAACACCCAGCCGGUUGAAACGGAUUCGCAACUGGAAGGCUGGAGGUCAGACACCAAAAGCCAAGCCAAAAGUCCAGGAGGAGGGUGACCAGAGGGACACCAUGAUGAGCAUGAUCUCCAUGGCCUCAUCAGAGAGCACUGUGGCAGGCUUGAUGAGCCUCUCAGCUCCACCUUCCGCCUCCUCUUCCUCAUCCGUUGGUGACAAGGACAGGGGUGAAGCUGGAAGUGCUGCGACUUGGAGUGGAAAAAAUCAAGCUGGAUCUGAGCAGCAGCAGGCCAACAACGAGGUUCACGCCCCAGCUAAGGUGUCUUUGAGUGAGUACCGGGCCAAGAACGCCGACGUCCUGGCUGCCCAGAAGAGGAAGCUGGAGAACAUGGAGGCCAGCGUGAAGCGGGACUAUGCCAACGCUGCCCAGGCUCUCGGUCAGCAGCAGAGGAAGGAGAAGCAGCAGCAUCACCACCAGCAGUCCAGCUCCUCCUCCUCUGACAUGUCCAACCCGUCGCCCAUUAUUCUGAAAAUCCCCCUAGAGAAGGAGAGGCACGAGAGGACCUCCCUCAAAAUGCGCUUCCCCCUUGCUGGGGGAGGCACCGGGCAAAGCGGCAGCGCCCGAGGUCAGGAACAGGACAUCAAAGUCAGAAUACGAGUGCCUGAGAAGCAAAGGGGGAGUUCUGGAGAGGAGGGCAAGAGCAGGGACAAGCACAGGGAACGGUCUAACCAUCACCACCAUCAUCACCACCACCACCACUCCUCUACCGGUGCCUCACUCUCCUCUUCACACAAACAUUCAUCUAGUUCUAGCGGGGCUGUCGCAGGGAGCAAAAAAGUCCCCAGCGACUCCUCUAGAACGAGCUCUUCGUCCUCUUCCGCAUCACGUAAGAGGACGCACUCCCAAGAUCCCACAGCAGGUACUCACCCUUCCACUAAAGUCAGCAAGUCCUCUAGGAACCCAUACCAGCUACCGUCCCUGUCUUCCUCCUCUGGGCAAACUCUGGGCCACGGCCCUGACAUUCUCCCCGCGCUGGGCCACUCCCACCACCAAGGGAGCUAUCCACACUCCAAAGGCGAUAAGACAGACACUAAUGGGCACGGUGCAGCAGGCGGAGCGCAGUCGAACGAGUACCAGGACACUUUUGAAAUGCUAAACUCUCUUCUGAGCGCACAGGGGGUCCAGCCGUCCCAGCCGUCCAUGUUUGACUACAGAUCCCAGUAUGGGGAAUACCGGUACAGUGGUGGCUCCAGAGGGAGCAACCCCAGACCCCCACCCCUCCCUUCAGAACCACCUCCCCCACUGCCGCCGUUACCCAAAUGAGUUCCUGAUCAGGAGACGUAUUAUGUACAUUGUACUUGACAUCAAAAACAUCCAUCUUGUUACAUAAAGUAUUGUAUGUUUUUUUUUUUUUUUUUUUUUAACUCACCCAGCAUUUUUUAUAGGUUUCAGUGUGACAGCAGUGAAAUGUACUGGUGAGAUAAAUGAGUGUUUUUGUUUUUACACUUGUGGGGCAAUAAUGAGAGGCUUUAAAAGCUUAAAAAAUGUGAGAAAAAAAAUACAGAAAAGUGUAGAUAAUAUUUUUUGCUCUUCUGUUUAACUCAAAUGAAAUGUGAUGAUGGGACCUGGUAUUUUUAGCAUCACUGUUUUGGAGGAAGUCUUGAAAUCAUGAGGAAACUAAACGAUUUCCAUCACAUACCUGUUAGGUCUUCUUUCCGAUUGUCUUUUUAUAAUGUUUUUAUAGUAUGUUAUUUAUUAAUUGAAUGCUUUUAAAAAAAACAUAGCCCCCCUUUACUACCUUUUUUAAGGUUUCCCCUCUUUGUUCUUUUUUUAGGCAGGGGGAUAUUUCUUCAUCAAGACUGUACAGGCUAGUUUGAGAGUGCAUGUCUCCAAAGCCAUCUUUUCAAUAUAUUUGUCUUUUUUUUUUUUAACUUCCUCUUCUUCUUUCUUUUUUUCAAACAGCCAUAACCUUAAAAAAAGGUGAUUGCCCACCCCUGGUGUUUAUUUUAUUUCCUUCAUUAUUUGGAAAACCUGUACAAAGACUGUAAAAUGUUUAAAACAAACAUGAAAUAUUUUUUACAUUUUGUUAUGAAAAAUUGCAAAAAAAGAGAUGUAAAUUAAGGAAGCUUGUACUUUUUUGUUUUUAGAUUUUGAGUGUUGCAGUCAUUGUUUUAAAUGGUUGUAAAAUAUUCAUAUUCAGUUCUCUAAUGAUUACACUAAUGGACAGAGUUCAUACCAAGGAUAUGGUUUUAUCAAAGGGUUCAAAGAGUUCAAACAUAUCGACACGGUAUGGUCACAAUGAAGGAAUUCCCAACAAAAAAAUCCCUCUAGAGAAGAAAUGUGAGUUUUUAAUCCUGUCGUGUAAUUUGUCAAUUGUUCAUCAGUUUCCUCUGGAGGGCAAGUCUUUUUAUGGUGAUAAUAACAGCUAAAUGUAAAGACAGAAAUAAGCAGAAUAUAUGGAUAUACAACAUUUUAAAUGAUGUUGACAGCAGCGCCCUGAAACUGUGCCGAAGGAAAAAAAUAGUUUUCUGCUGGUGUUCGCUUUGUGGUGACCAUAUCGAGCACAAUCCUCAAUAAAAGUAUUCACAAUACUCUGUAUCAAAGACUAAUGAAACGCCAUCUGUCUGUCUUUUAUGGUCGUCUUUCGUUUAUGCAUUUCCUGCUGGGAAUGUUUUUAAAAUGUGUAAACUCCAGUGCACGCCUGUCAAUUCAUGCUGGUCUGAUUUAAUCAUGUUAAAGCUGUCUUUUGACUUCAUACCUUCAAACGAAAAUAGCGGAUAUUCAGCUUCAGAUUGUUGUUUAAAAUCCAUCCACAAGCCAUGAUUCAUCAAAAAUGUCUGCACGUGUUCUUUAGUUGUGUACAUGAUACAUGGCAAGCAGGUUAUCGACAUACCUCCACUACAAGGUCAUGAGCAUGAAGUAUAAUACUCUAAUUAAUUUGAAUUAAUGAUGAAUUUGUAUUGAAAAAUAAUGGAAGAGGUGCCACUAGUUGGCAAGAGAAUUGGGUAUCAUCUGUACAUUUAAUCCAUACUAAGCUUUAUGUGGUUUUAAUUGUAAAGUAUUACUGCUCUUUACCUGCUUUCUUUUAUCAGUUUGUAAUCAAAAACAUUUGAUUAGGCAAUUCACAGUAAUGCAGUACAACAAAUCAUCAUUGUAAAAUAUUUUGUUCCCGUGAUUAUAUGGAAGAUAAGCUGAAAAGAGUACAGCUCUUUGCUCAGGCAGCAGAGGUUUUAUUGGUUAUUCAACUCUUGGUUGUAACAGGGAAACAGUAAAUGCACUGAAUAUUUAUCUCAGUAGGUUUGCCUACAAUGCAAUUGACAACGUGUUACAUGUAUAAUGGUUAGGCUAUUAGAAUAGAUGUCCAAUAUAUUGCCAUUUUUGAAAAUUGUUUUAUUUGAUCUGGACAAAUCUUCCAAUUUAAGUAUUAACUUUAUGCUGUGCUGUGAGAAAGUCACAAAAAAGGACACACAUUUUAAAAUAAAACCCAUAUCUGAGGAAAAAUGGAAGACACUCAUGCAACCUAACAAUGCAAAAUCACAUAGCUACAAUAAGUUUCAUGUUUUUUCAUGUCUUGGUGUUUUUAGUGACACUCAGGUCUGGAAAUGAAACGUUUUGGGAUUUUAUUUGUUUUCAGUUAAAACGUUAUAUGUGAACACUGUUCUUUUUGAUAUAAUGUGGUUGCUUUAUUCUCAAUUAAAGUCAAUAAAUAUUUUAAGAAAA